AUGACCGCCGGUCUGAUGCGGAGAUUCUCGACCUCAAAACGACUUCGCGCGGAUAAGCUGAUCAAAAGCACCGCAACACCGAGCUCUAUCCUCUACAUCCGCCAACCUAAGCGCAACCUAGCGAACAUACGAGAUCGCGAACUCUCUGGAUCAUGGUUCAGUAGUACUCCCCCGGUGUGGAUGCCGGAGCACCAACUGGGCUCGGAUGGGGCACCGCCAGAUGAGCGGACGUUAAAGCUUGGAAAGACAAUCCGUACUCUUCGAGAUCAUCUACCUACUCUGCUCGCGUCUCCUCUACCUCAGGAGAUACUGUCCCCUCAGAUCACUUUGCACCUUUUCCCCUCAACUCACCCACACCUUCCCACAGUUUCAGGAAGAAUAGCAUACACGGCAGCAUUGUGGACGGCUCCUGUCGCUUGGGGAUGCGUACCAGUGGUCGGCAAUGUCAAGCUCGACAUCCUUUCCGAACGGAUGUUCCGCAACGGAGGCCACACAGCGGCAACCGACACGCGGCAAGAGAAACUAGUUGUGAAAUGGAAGACGGGCAAGAAAAGCAAGAGUAAGAACGGGCAAGGUAUAUAUCGAGGGAUAUCAACACGAGAGCAAGUCGACCGGUUCAAGGAAAUGCUCAGUGGAGGCGCGGAUUCAGAAUUCAGCGGCCUCUUCAUCUUCGAAUUUGACGAACAGGGCAAAAUUGUUACACAUACCAUCGAACAUGCCGAGGAGGGGGCAAGUCACGAUAGAACGGCGAAAGUAAUCAGCGUAACUGAUUGGCUUCUUGGACGAGCAUGGGGUCAGCGAGAAAGCGAAGGCAAUCCUGGGCUUGCAUUCAAUUACUGCGAAGCCGAGCGUCGGAAAGACAACGUCAAGCGUGUAGAGAGAGACCAGUCAUGA